UCGGAAACCUUAUCUCCACGUCCGUCUGUCCAACAGAACUAGCCAACUAGCUAAUGGUUAAGGAUCGUGGCAUUGCGGUGUACUAGAUGCCGGGGCACAAACAAGGGCAGAAUUCCUUCAUUUGCUUUCAUUGAAAUAUACUCAGAAAUACCAGGACCCACAGCCAAAAAUAUUGUUACAAUCUGUAAUGUGUCAUGCGUCAUCCCUGUCAAUAUUAACGAGACCCAGAAACUAAAAACCAAAAUAAACAUCAGCUGUACUGUCAUCAUAAUAUGACCACUAAAGAACUAUUGCAGGAAUAUUCAAAAUCUAUUAAAAAACUGAAAAAGGAAAGCGUCGACGCAGGAUUCCAAGAAGAAGAUUUUAAAGACAUGUAUUAUAAAAGUUUAAAGGAUUUAAAAAGAAGCGACAAUAAUGCUUCUGUUUGUAUCAAUCGCCGAAGAUUUUUUAAGAAGUUAACAUUAGUCUUUUUGGGCCUUACUAUUAUAUUAUUUUUAAUUUAUAACUUUAAAUCUAUAUAUAGAUGUAUGGUUUGCCAAAUGCAGGAUUAUAUCUACCCAGGCUUGAGGUUAUUAAGAAAAUUUACAAUUCCACUUAUUUCAUUAUUUCCUGUAUUAACUGAAUUAUACCAAGAAACAUGUUUGAUACAAAAUCCAUACUUUACCAUCACUGAUAUGGACUGCUGGCCUUGUAGCUCUGUUAACAAUGUUGGAGAGGUGUUCAAUCCACAGCCAGUUCAUAAACAACAAAGUGCUCCUUUUAUUUACAAGACUGAACAAAAAGAAAUAGAUCUGAAUAGUUUAAAAAUCUUGUACUUCAAAUAUAAGGGCUUGUUUGAUAAGGAAAGCCCUAACGUUUUAAUAAACAACAAAUAUUAUCAGACUCCACAAGAUAUGUUUGGUCCGGAUGUCUUGAAAGAAAAUCUACAUGUAUGGAAGUUCAAUAAUUUUAAUGCAGCAAGAAUAUUACGACAAAUUAUCCCAAGGCCUAAAGUUGUACCUAAAUUUGGCCAAAGCACCGAAAGGUUUAUUGUUAUUGACUCUAAACAUGACAAAUUUGACAUACCAGAUACAGAGUGCAACUACUCUUUUCUGAUUGCACUAAGUGGAACUAGAAUUAUUGAUUUAAGACCAGCUGAAGAAUGCAAACAUCAGUGUAAAUCUUUUAAAAUGGAAUUGAAGCCACCAUAUUUACUGUGGUACAAUUGGUGGUACUGGAGACCUGUUGCCCAAACAUCAUUAGGCAAUGACACUUUUAUAGCGCAUGUUGGGUCAUAUUGUUAGGAAGAUAAGAAUAAAAUCAAAUAAAAUGAAUUUAAUGGAAUGUAUAAAAAUUUUACUACAUA